AUGGGUGAAUUGAAACGUAUGUGUUCCCCUAAGUCAAAGAUUAGAACACAUGAGGCAGAACUGCUGUUAAUUAGAAAAGGUGAAAAUCUGAUUAAACAAGGUAAUCAACUCAUCAAGCAGGGUGAGCGUAAAAUAAAAGAAGGGGAAUUACUGCUUCGUACUCAUGGAUCCAAUGUAAACAGUGUACCAUGUAGAGUACCUAAAUCAUCUGCAGUCAAUACAUCUUGUACACCAAAACCUAGAAAGUCUUUUAUUAAGCUUACAAACAGGAUGAAGCGUAAAAGAACAGAUAGUCUUAGAGAACGAGAGGUGGAAGAACUGCAACAUGCUGUCAAAAGGUUUAAAUCUAAUUCUUCUACUGAUGGUAGGGCUAUUUUAUAUGGUUCAAAUUUGUCAUUGCAAGCUCUUUGUAAUUUGAAACUUACAGAUAGAACAUGGACUGAAUUUAAAAAUAUAGUGACUCAUAAUCGUCAUCUUGUUCCUCCAGGUUUAACCAAGUUGAAGCAAUACAAAAAAAUUGACAUAUCCAGAACAGGUUGAAUAUUCUGAAACCGAAGUAAAAUGUAG